ACCUCUGUCACCCUCUUCCUUCUGCCGCAACCGGCGAUGUCCUCCACCGACGCCAUCAUCCGGCUCCCUUAUGGCGACGAUAUCAUCGCCGAGACCUGCCAGAGAUGUGGCGAGAACAACCAGAACGUCGACUACGCCCUCUGCGUCGCCUCCCUCUCGGCCGACCCCUCAAGCCACGACGCCAGCCUCCACGGGCUCGCCCUCAUCUCCGCCAAGCUGGUGCAGGCCGGGGUGGCAGGCAUGGACUCCGGAAUGGCAGCGCUCCGGGGCAAGGAGACAACGAGGUCGACAAGGUGGUAA